CCGCACCGGACCUGGAGCCGCUGCAAAGAGAGCGACUACAAUGGCCAAGCUGCUGCAGGUGCCCCCCAAGUUCCUGCCCCCCGAAUGGCACAUCGCGAACAAGGCCCAGUACAGCGGCGCCGAGGCCCAGCGGUCCCGCUCCGAGCGCCUGGUGGACGAGAGCCAGCGGCUGGUGGACGAAAUCGAGAAGACCACCCAGAGGACCCAGAGCGACGUCAACAAGAGGAUAGAGCAGAGACUCCAGGAGAUCAAGUUCUGGAAGGAGCAACUGGACGAGAAGCUUGACCAGGUUGCAAAGGAGACCGAGGUGCUUUUGGCCUUCAGGACGCGGCUGGAGAAAGCUCUAGAAGGCUGCAGGGAGCCGCUCUUCAUUGCCCAGCAGUGCCUUCUGAACCGGGAGAGGCGGGUUGGGAUCGACCUGGUCCAUGACGAAGUGGACCAGGAGCUGAUCAAGGAAGUGGAGGUUUUCCAGGGGGUCGUCGCUCUGCUUGAGCGCACGUUGGAGCAAGCCAACGAGCAAAUCAGGCUCAACCGCUCGGCCAAAUACAACCUCGAGAAGGACCUGAAGGACAAAUUCACAGCCUUGACCAUUGACGACUACUGCUCCAGCCUGACCAACAACACGCCCGACAUCAGAUAUGCCCAGAACGUUGUGAAGGUGGAAGAGAAUUCGGUGAGUCCUGAAGAGUGGGUGGAUUUCUCCAACGUGAACGUCGAGAAGGCCGACAAGCAGCGGAACAACUCCCUGGCCCUCCGCGCCCUCAUCGACCGCAUCCUCUCCCAGACGGCCGGCGACAUGCACAAGCAGAACAACACCGUCAACGUCGCCUUCCGGAACAGGGUGAAGGAGACCAAGGACGCCAAGAGCAAGUUGGAAACGCACCUGGCCAAGGUGAUGGAGGAGAUCAGCUCCCAGGAGAAGAACAUGGAGGCGCUGCGGAAAUCCAUCCUGGACAAGGAGGGGCCGGCCAAGGUGGCCCAGACCCGCCUGGAGACCCGGACGCACCGCCCCAAUGUGGAGCUCUGCCGGGAACAGGUGCAGUGUCGGCUCAUGCGCGAGGUGCGAGAAAUCAGCCACAACAUCCAGAGGCUGCAGGAGACGCUGGCUCAGGCCCAAGCGGAGCUGAAGGGCCUGCUCCGCCGGCAGCUCUCCCUGGAGGAGGAGAUCGAGGUCAAGUCCAACAGCCUCUACAUCGACGAGGUGCUGUGCAUGCAGAUGAGGGAGUCCAUCGCCAUCUGCGACUUCUGACAUCGGGCGGCAGCAACCCCGACCGACUUGGACCCCACAGCCGGGGACCUCGCAGAGGGGCCCGACU